AUGGCCGGCGGCACACUCUCGUGGCGCGGCGUCUACCAUGCGCUGCUGGUGUUGCGUCUGCUCUUGGCGCUUGGGUCCACGGGCUACGUGCAUCCCGACGAGUGGUUCCAGAGCGGCGAGGCCGUGGCAGGCCCAUGGCUGAACGUCGAUGCGCUGCGCACGUGGGAGUUCGACCCCGCGAGCCCGGCUCGGUCGCUGGCGAGUAUCUAUCUCUUCGCGGCCCCACUGCGGCUAUUUGCGAUGGCGUGUCGAGCAAUCAGUUAUUCGCCGUCAGCUCGCUGGCUGUUCGCCGUGCAGCGCUUGACCUCCUUCACCCUCACGCUGAUCCUCGACUAUUCCGUCGCGAAGCUCGUGCCGACAAGCGCCCGUCAGCGCAGUCAGACGUACAAGACGCUCUGCCUCUUCGCAACGUCGAGCGCCGUCCUGGGACUCGCGAACCGGCCCUUCUCGAACACAGUCGAGGCCGCAGCGCUCGGGCUCAUCCUUGUCGUGACUCAGAGCCUCGUGCAAGCAGCCAAAACUUGGCGACAGGUGUCAUCGUCAGUCGAGGCGCGGCCUAAAUGGACAAGGCACGCUACAGUCUUCGGCUUGCUGUCUGCGCUCGGCAUCUUCUCGCGCUUUACCUUUCCGAUCUUCCUGCUGGCGCCUAGCGCAGUGUUGGUGCAGAAAGCCUGGCAGCUUGCGGCUCGACAACGGGCCGGGCGCGCUCGACUGAUGACGUUCCUCGGGCUGGGCUUCGACGUCCUGAGCCCCUUCGUGCUGCUCUCUCUUCUUCACAUGGCCCUCGACUCGUACCUCUACCACGGCAUCGCCUUCACCGGCGUCCCCGUGCUCGCGCCGCUCAAUGCGCUGCUGUACAAUCUGCGCACGUCCAACCUGGCCCAGCACGGCGAGCAUCCGCGCUAUCUGCACCUCCUCGCCAAUGCGCCGAUGGUGCUGGGUCUCGCCCCGUGGCUAUUCGCAGGCGUGCGCAGCUUUCAGUGGAUCAAGAACAGGCCGCGGGAGCGAAGAAGGCGCUCAAAGGGCAAGGCGCGCCAGAAGAGCGAUGAGGAAGAAGUGCAGCACACGAUGAGGCGCGUGCAUGUCUCUUGCAUCGCAGUGGCACUCUCGUUGCUGUCGCUGCAGCCACAUCAGGAGCCGCGCUUCCUGCUGCCGCUGCUGCUGCCCGCAUCGCUGCUCUUCGCCUCUGCGCUCUCUGCUCCAAGAGUUGGCAGGCGCACACGUCGCAUCCUCGUUGGGAUGCACGUCGCGCAGCAUCUGUCGUUGCUGUGCUUCUACUCGCUGCACCACUGCGCGCUCCUGCCGACGCUCUUCCACCUCAAUGCUCUGCUUCGCACAUCGACACCACCACCAGCGCUGGAGCUGUCGCCGCACUCCUUUCCCCUGCGCACCGAGCUGCACGUCUGGCGCACCUUCAUGCCGCCUCGGCAUCUCGUGCUGCCGCCGCGCAACGCCGACGUAUGGGCACGAGCGAGCGUGCAGGACCAUGGCUCACUCGACGUAGAGCAGCUCGCGGGGCUGCUGCUCGCGCCGCGCAGCAUCGAGGUGCCGUCGAUGCCCAGGACACUCGAGCCGCCGUCCAGCGAGCUCUUGCGUCUGCUCAUCGCGCCAGCAUGGGCGCUGCCGCCGCUCGAGGCAGAGCUGCAGCGACGCGAGUCCCGCACAGACGUUCUGUACGUCUCGCAGCCGCAGCUCGACAUGGACCAUCUGCCCGAGGUGGCCGCGCUGUGGCCGUCUCUCGGCCUCCAGGCCGCAGCGCUCAGAGUGUUGCGGAUAGAAUCGUCGAAUGUCGGGAGCUAG